UACCGUGAAAGUGGUGAAAGGUACCGUUCUCUAAAGUUUGUUGCAGGAACGCGACUCUACUACAGCAGGGCCUGUGAACUGCUUAUAAAUGGCUAAGCGGAAACUGUUCGCCGCGGAGGAAGGGCGCUCGCAUAAAUUGAGCGGAUACCAGUUCAGCGCUGCUGACAAACGCGAGUCGGGCCGCGUGAAAGAGAUGCGCCGAGUGCUCGACCCUGCAGCUCGAGUGCGCCGUCAAAAGAAAGCGGUGGACGGCCUCGAACACGACAACUUCCACGACGACCCCCAUGCCAAUCUGGUGAUGCACAAAAAGGCGCCAAAGUUCGAAGAAACUUUUGAAGCCAAGCGCAAACGCAGAAGCAAAGGUGAGCCCUUUAAGGUGCGCUUCAAGAGGAGUUUCAAUGCCCUCUUAGAGGAGCAUCAAGCAAGCAAUCCGGAGCCGCCAAAUUACAGUCAUGCAAACGUACCGCCGUCAAAGCUGCCACCGAGGCACUUCUGUGCCGUUUGCGGCUUUCAGUCGAACUACACCUGCGUUUCCUGUGGUUCAAGGUACUGUUCUGUCAAGUGCCUUGGUGUGCACCGUGACACCCGCUGCUUGAAAUGGACAGCUUAACGACCCCCGUUGAUUUCACGUGUGCAGCAGCUAGUGGCUUCCUCACCCAACAGGCUAGCUGAUGGAAGCUUGAAAAGAAACUGUUGUGAACUCCAUCCGCAAGAAUGCAGAUCCCACACGUGUUGGUUGGUGACUGCACCAGUUUUCCCAGACUUGAGUGUGUGGCCCGGAAUGUGGUGCGCCAGCAAGUGUGACAUAUGAAUGUGCUUGCAGAACACAGUGGCUCCUUACGUCUUGUCACGACGGAAAGAAACGAGGGCCACACAUGUACGCGAAACAUGAAUGUGAUUGUAAUUAAACGCCAUUUUCACCAUUACAUUAAUGCCCAACAUAGACCCACUUGAGUUUGAUCAACAAAGGGGUGACAAUACCUUGAUGUGGGUGAGUUGGUUCCUCUUUAGAGGGUACAUGAAAAGUGCAUACGACAAAGACGAACGAAACACAUAUGGCAAGACUGGCGCUGAACUUCCAAGUAGUGUUUAUUUCAGGUGAACAAGUGUUUAUGUCCUGCGCCUCAGACGCAUAUGCACACAUCAUCAUACAGAAGACUGCAUGGGUCGUAUGUGCAAACAUGACAUUGCUGAAAUCAAUCCAUUCACGUGUCAAUAUGCCUUGAAAGAAAUGCCACUUCUUUUCCUUGUAAUGCCAAAGAUGGACAGCUGACACGCUUAUCACAUGCUUGCUUUAUGAAAAACGCCUCGACUAUUUCACAUUCUGUUUUCGAACUGUCUUUCCUCCAGAAACUUGUUCAUUAAAGGGGUGCGUGUGCACUUUUUGCAGUGUUCUGCCACAUGGGGGGGAUAUGGUAGCCAACUGCCAGCUCGUUAAAAGAUCAUGCGCUACGUGAUUUUUGAACAAGCUGGCAGCUGACCGAUUAGCUCUCGCAUACUACAUGAAGGCGUCAAGUCUGCUGGAACGAGACUAUUGUUAUGACAGCAAGGUCGACAAUCGGGCUACUUGGUAAGGUUCCACCUCACCAACUAUACUGUAGAUGCUUACUAACUGUGCUGUGAAUUAUUGCC